UGGAGAUGUGGCAAGUACGGCGGUUGCGGCUGGUGUGGCGUCAUAUUCUGGAGCAAGUAGUGUUGUCCUUGGCAACUUCUAUAUUCCUGUGGCGUCGUCCGUGUUACGUUUCGCGGCAUUUCGCUUUGCGUUUCGGGAAAUUUCUGGCGGCGGGAAUUGCUGUGGCGCAUUGUGGUUGAUGGCGGCAGCGAUUACUGCAGCAUUCCAUGCGUUGCACGGCGUCGUAUCGUACUGUGGCGUCGUGUGCAGUGGCAUCCUGUGCUGUAGCGUCUUGUCUUGUCUCGCGGCACGUUAUACGGUGGUGUAUCACGUCAUGGCGUUUCAUCUAGCAUGUUGUACAGUGGCGUCCCGUCAUUCUUGCGGCGUCUCGUGUACAUUAGUGUUGUGCGGCGGCAUUUUGUCUGUCAGUGAGGCGUGGUUUUAUGCAGCGGUGUUUAAGUCUUCAGGUGUUCUAGUGGCAAUAUCUCAUUGCGGCGUCGUCUCAUCGAUGCUGCGGCAUUACAUUGCGGCGGCAUCCGGCACGUACAAUGGCAUCCCAUCGCGACAACUUCAUGCUAUGGCGACGUCCCGUCGAUGCGGCGGCGAUCCUAUAACGUGGCGACAUCCGGCACUUCAAGUGGUAACUUCUUUUUGCAGCGGUGUCCCGUCGAUACUGUGGCAAUCCCAUAUUGCGGCAGCAUCCGGCGCAUAUAGCGGUAACUUCGUGUUACGACGGCGUCCCGGUAGUGCGGCAGCAAUUCUAUAUUGCGGCAGCGUUCCGGCACUUGUCUUUAGGUUCCACGGUGCUGCGGCGACCUCUUGUCCCGGCAGUAUCCGGAGCUUCUUGCGGCAUCUUCAUGGUGUUGUGGCGUCCUUGUGCUACGGUGUUCCAGCGGUACAGUGGUGUCCUUGCGCUACGUUGGUGUCUCUGCGUUACGUUGGCAUCCUUGCUUCGUACUACGUUUCACUAUCAUAUGAUGCAAUGAGCCAUUUAUCUUCAUUCUGGUGCGUUGGAUCGUCGUGUCACGUGAUACGGUCGUUGUUUCGUCCUAAAUCUGUAGGGCAAAUCAUUGACUCAGUUCCAGUCAAUGGAACCUUUGGUGUAGGAGCAAAUAUUGAUGUUUGUCCUGGUCACCUUUGUGAUGUUAAGGUAGCCUUCCUUGUUGAGAAGUAUGAAUGGAAAAUCAAGGGACUCCUCAAAAAUUCACGCUUAACAGUAGAAUAUGUCCAUGACAUAGAGCCAUUAGAGUGUCAGUUGUCAGUACCAUUUCCUCCUAGUGAUACCUUCAAUGACCUUCAUAAAUUUAACCUUGAAGCAAGAUGGUUUAUUUAUUUCCAAAGUG